AUGAAUGGUUCAAAAGUCAUGCAACUAUACAUCCAUCGUGCAGAUAUCAAAUUCAUUGAUAGCUUGAAUUUCCUGCCCAUGGCUCUAUCUAAACUUCCUAAGACCUUUGGCAUAGACGAGUUACACAAAGGCUUUUUUCCCCACCUGUUUCCAAGAACCGCUGGAGACAGUUACAGAGGACCGAUACCCGAGGAUCGUUAUUUUGACCCAGAUGGUAUGAAGGAGGAGGUUAGAAAGAAAUUCUACACAUUGUACAAUGGAGAAGUAGAAAAGAACUCUGUUUAUGAUUUACGUAAAGAACUGCUCAAGUACUGUCGGAGUGACAUACGCAUACUCGAAGAGUGUUGUUUGGCAUUUAGAUCGAUGAUGAUGGAUCUCACCGAAGUUGACCCUUUCAGCUGUUGCAUCACGAUCGCCUCCGUGUGCAACGUCAUAUUUUGA